AACUGAGAAUGGUGGCUACACUGCCAGUUUAGCUAGUAUCAGAGUUUGUUACUAAAAUUUUAAGACUCACGCCUUUAUCUUUGUAUUUAUAUACUUGAUAUAGCUUAGUCGGAGUGAGUCCCAAGCUGUGUUGAAAUGAGAACGUCCAAAAAUUCGCAAACAAGCCGCAAUCACUAAAAAGUCAUAGUACAAAACGCCGGCAACUUACCACUUUUGAACAAUCACGCGUUGGAUUUUGAUAGUUAAUUUCACCUAAAGUAGAUGGUUUUCGGGUUUACCUCUGCGUAGAAAGAGCUCCCAUCAUGAUUUUCAAAAAUAUAUUAGGAGCGGCAAUUCGUAAACAAGGCUUGGGAGUUCAAUUUUCUGCAAUAAUCAAUCGAGGAGUAAGCUAUUCCCUAUCAGCCGAACAAAAAGAAAUCCAAGAUGUAGCCCGGAAAUUCGUUCGCGAGGAAAUAAUCCCAGUUGCUGGACACUAUGAUAAAACAGGCGAGUUCCCCUGGCCUGUGGUGAAAAAAGCCUGGGAAUUAGGUCUAAUGAAUACUCAUGUGCCACCUGAAAUCGGAGGAUUAGGAUUGGAUGUGUUCACGUCUUGUUUGAUCGCCGAAGAGAUUGCCUACGGAUGCACAGGUAUCAUGAUACCUAUAGUGGUAUCAUCAGUGGCGCAAAUGCCAGUAGUCCUCGGAGGAAACGCAGAACAGAAGAAAAACUUCUUGGGACGUUUAACAGAACAACCUCUACUCGCGGCAUUUUGUUGUACGGAACCGAUCGCAGGAUCAGAUGUAAGUGGUAUUAAAACCACGGCCGUAAAAAAAGGCGACGAAUACAUUCUAAACGGGCAAAAAAUGUGGAUUUCCAAUGGCUCAGUGGCCAAUUGGUACUAUGUGUUAGCACGAACUGAUCCUAACCCAAAAACCCCUGCCAGCAAAGCAUUCACAGGUUUUCUUGUCAACGCAGACACACCAGGUAUUACCCCUGGUCGUAAGGAAUGGAAUAUGGGACAAAGAGCAUCAGAUACAAGAGGGGUCACAUUUGAGGAUGUAAGAAUCCCAAAAGAGAAUGUCCUUAUUGGUGAGGGUGCUGGAUUUAAACUAACGAUGGCAACGUUUGAUAUGUCAAGGCCUGGUCUAGGGGCAGGCGCUUGUGGCUUGGCUAGACGUUGCUUAGACGAAUCUGUAAAAUAUUCAAUGGAUCGGAAAACGUUUGGGGUUCCUAUUGCAGAUCACCAAGCUGUGCAGUUUAUGCUAGCGGACAUGGCUAUUACUGUAGAAACAACACGUGCAAUGUACCAAAAAUCUGCUUGGGAAUUCGACACAAAUGUUAACAGCAGCUAUUAUUCAUCAAUUGCGAAAUGUUUUGGUGCCGACAUGGCCAUGAAAGCUGCUCUGGAUGCUGUUCAAAUUUUCGGUGGAAAUGGAUACAACUCGGAAUAUCCUGUUGAGAAGUUAAUGCGUGACGCUAAAAUUUUCCAAAUUUAUGAAGGAACAAGCCAAAUUCAAAGACUGAUUAUUGCAAGACGUCUCCUUGAUAAAGCAAAGGCUGGAGAACUGAACUGAUUUUCUUUUUAUUAAAUUUGUUGGCAUUUAUUUUUCUGUGGAAAUAUUUAGAUAUACUGGGGCUGAUAUUAGCAUCUUGAUAUUAUUUUCUAAGUAAUUUUUAUAGAUGCAUCUUUUGAACUUAUAAUAUUCAAUUAUAUAGAAUAUACUGUUUAUAUUUUUGUGCUAUUA